ACACGAAAAAUGCCCCUGACUGCCAGUGCCAUGGACUUUUUUCAGCUCUUUGUCCCUGACAAUGUACUAAAGAACAUGGUGGUCCAAACCAACAUGUAUGCCAAGAAAUACCAGGAGAGGUUUGGUAGAGAUGAUGCCUGGGUUGACGUCACCUUGACAGAAAUGAAGGCCUUCUUAGGCUACAUGAUAUCAACCAGCAUCCACCACUGUGAGUCUGUUCUCAGCAUUUGGAGCAGUGGCUUCUACAGCAACAAGAGCAUUGCACUUAUCAUGACACAAUCACGGUUUGAGAAGAUCCUGAAGUACUUCCACAUUGUGGCCUUCCGCUCGAGCCAGACGACGCAUAGCCUCUACAAAAUCCAGCCUUUUCUGGACUCUCUGCAGAAUGGCUUUGACUCUGCUUUUAGACCUUCACAGGCCCAGGUACUACAUGAGCCCCUGAUUGAUGAGGAUCCUGUUUUCAUUGCCACGUGCACAGAGAGGGAACUGCGCAAGAGGAAAAAGAGGAAAUUCAGCCUCUGGGUUCGGCAGUGCUCAUCCACUGGUUUCAUCUGCCAGAUUUAUGUCCAUCUCAAAGAAGGGAGUGGUGCUGAUGGGCUGGAUGCUUUGAAGAACAAACCGCAGCUUCACAGUAUGGUGGCCAAAAGCCUUUGUCAGAAUGCCUCUGGGAAAAACUACAUCAUCUUCACAGGUCCAAGCAUUACCAGCCUGAAUCUCUUCGAAGAAUUUGAGAAGCAAGAGAUUUACUGCUGUGGGUUGCUGAGCACCAGGAAGAGUGACUGCACAGGCCUACCUCCAUCCAUGCUGAACAAUUCUGAAACUCCACAGUCCAGAGGACAGUACAGAAUAAGAAUGAAGGGAAACAUGUCCUUGAUCUGCUGGUACAAUAAAGGGCACUUUCGUUUUCUGACCAACGCCUAUUCACCAGUUCAACAAGGAGUUAUAAUUAAGAGAAAAAGUGGAGAAAUUCCAUGCCCAUUGGCGGUUGAAGCCUUUGCUGCUCACCUUAGCUAUAUCUGCAAAUAUGAUGACAAGUACAGCAAGUAUUUCAUUUCUCACAAACCAAACAAGACCUGGCAACAAGUAUUCUGGUUUGCCAUCAGCAUCGCUAUAAAUAAUGCUUACAUCCUCUACAAAAUGUCAGAGGCCUACCAUGUGACAAGGUAUAGCCGUGCACAGUUUGGUGAAAGACUUGUAAAAGAGCUUCUGGGCUUGGAAGACACCUCACCCUCCCACUGAUGCAUUGUUUUUGGUGGCAUAGGCAGGGGCUGGAGGGUAAGCAGAAGAUACCACACCUGGAACAGCAAAGCAAGGAACUCAUGUCACCACCAGUGCUGUCAUCCAAAAAUGCCAAGUGAUGCCACUAGAGAGGUGAAAACUUUGUUCCUAGUAGCAACUGGAUGUAAACAUGUUGUGCAGAAAGUGCCACUGGAAAAGCUGACACAAAAUUGUCUAUGUGAAUGCCCUGUGGAAAUCUGUACACCCAAAAUAGACUUAAGUUAGUCGUCAUCUCAGUACUAUUUGUUGAACAGGGUCAUCCUUGU